UGUACCUGAUGCGCAUCCGGAUACAACUGGCAAAUCGAGUUUGCCGCUGCACAAAAAGAUGGCAGAAGGGCUGACGCGGACCAAGGCAGCGAUCAAGGCGCUGGGCGUUGGCUAUGCGACGGCAGUCAAGGACCUGGACGACGAUGGCUCGCUCGUGCACUCGCUUUCCUAUGACGGAACCUUCACCGGCGUUCAAGUCUGCAACGCUUUGGGCCAUUCGGUGCUAUGGGCCGACGUCACCGACGACGACCUCGCGCCAUUUGUGACCGCUGACGGCGCGUGCAUCGUGCCCGCAAACGAUGUUAAGCUCACAGUCAACGCAAGCGUCUUCGAUGACAUGUCGACCCAACUUGCUGGUCCGUUCGGGUCGUGCGUCUUUAGACUCUCGCACUUGACGAUCGAUGGCAUCAACACGACCCCGCGCCUCUCGCCGCUCGACACCUGCGAGGCUUCGUGGACGAUGGUCGUGGCGCUCGAUUCGCCACACCCCCGAGACGUCAUUAUCACGCACGAAAUGCGCUCGGAAUUACUCGAGCUGCUUCCCGAUCGAUGGCGCGACGACUGCGCCGCGUGGUACGUCGACUGCAACGUUAAGCUUGCACCCAUUUCAGUUGGACGCUGUGCGUACCUUGUCUACGUUGUGCAGCACGUCGAUGCGCCGACGCAGCGCACGGCACCUCCCUACUGGGAGGACACUGUGUCGGUGCUGUCGUCGUUGGCGGCAGUGCCACGCCAGUUGGCAACCACGUAUGCGUAUCGCUGCGCCCCCAACACAGAUCUCUGCGUCGAUAAGUACGCUUUCAAACCCGACAUCAUCGACAGCCUGGUGACUGCCGGGACGUUUGACGUCGCGCUCGUGUGGCUGACGGACGCAACACGCGAAGAGCCCACGGAGGAAGCGCUGGAAGACGUGCGUGACGCCAUCUACCGGCUCAUCCCGAACAUCAAUGACGUGCUUGACGACGAUGAGCAGGACGAACUCGACGACGAGCUGGCAUUCGACAUUGCCAACCAGUGCGCAGGCCAGGCGGCGGCGUAUCUUUACAAAGUCAAGCCUCGCGACGUCCUACCAAAAACUCCAAAUCCGGAUGGCUACGACCCAACGCACCUCGAUAAUGUCAUCAAGGGCUGCGACGCCGCGGCCGUCGACGCGGGUUAUGUCGACGAGGACGAGCAAUACGAACACAAGGACUUUGGCGUCUAUGCGCGCGACAACUCGUACGUUGACCUCGACUUGCAGCCGGUACCCGACUUUGUCACUAACUUUGGCACGACGUUCGAGCCGAUUCUGCCGCCGCCACGCACGAUCAUCGAUGUUGAAAUGCAUCCGCAGACGCCGCUGCCAAACGACUUGGCCACGUCGCUGCUCGUCGGACGCACCGUCGGCAAGUGGGUCGCCACCAAGUCACUGAUGUAUCUCUCGUCUCGGGUGCUUCUCUUUUGGCCCAAGAAACACCGCGUGCGACUUUUCGGUUUUGCUGCGGCGUUCCAGCUGCUUCAAGACGCUUUCCACGCCCCGCACAAGGCGCUGCCACUUGGGUACGCGACCUUGUCCGAGCUGGCGACCGCCGUCAUGGAGAUGCUCGGCGACACGGACGUGCCGACGACGGACGCCGAUCGCAAGGCAAUGACAGCGUUUGUCUCGGAGUCUCGCUCGGCGCUGCUCCGGUCGCUCUACGUGACGCACUGCAUCGACGUUUUUGACGACGCGAAGCGCUGCGACGGCGUUGUGUGGCUCAAAACGACGUGCGUUGAGUUUGGCUGGGAAGACGUCGGCGCCGCGAUUGUCCAGCUGGUCGACCAGAGCUUGGGCGAUUGGCACAAGAAUCACGCGUACGCGUACUUGGACUGGGCUGGCCUCGCCGCGACGCUCCGGCUCGUCAUGGCGCUGCUCGAUGCACUGGCAGAGUACAAGCAGCCGUACUUUUCCGAGCUCAUCGUCAUGCUUUGGCACACUGUCGUCGCCAACGUCGUUCGUUUCCGAGACGAGAAGGAAGAUUGCGAGAGAUCGUCGAUCGGCCAACGAACAUGUGCGCUGCGUGCCAUGCUCCAACUCGAAGCGCGCGCCGCCUCCGAAGCGUCAACUACGUCGUCCUGGUUUGGCUCGCGGCUCCCGUCGACGCUUGUCGCUGCCAUCCGCAGCUUCGUCGCACCCGUCGGCUCUGUGGUCUCGAUCGUGCAGCGAUAUCCCGUGGCCAUGGCGCCGCUUCUUGAGCUCUUGCCUGGUAUCUUGGACAUGGACGCGGCGUCGCCAACGCCACUUUUGCCGUUGGUUCAAGACGCUUUGGAGGCGCAGUAUGUCGAUGUUGCCCGAGAUGAGUACAAGUGGGUGCGCAACCAGCGGCUCGCACGUCUGCACCAAUGGCUGGGUCUCGAGCGAGAUCUCGUCGCCACCGUCUCGGCUUCGUGGAGACUCCGCUGUGAUACCACGGCGUGUGCGUUGCUGCGCGCCCUCGAUCAAGGCUUGCAUGUCGCUGUCGCCGAUGCGACUGCGAUCGCCAACGCGCUGGUAGGCUUGACCAAGUCGCUCUUGGAUAGACCGCACUCGUACAACGACAGUGAUGGCAACAACGCUAUGCUCGUUGUUUUGCUCGUUCUCGACCAUCUCUCGCCGUCGCACGUACCUCGUUUUGUCGCGGGCCUCCUCAAAAAGGUUGGCCAAGCCGACCAGUACCCGCGUCUCCAGUACACCCUCUCGGUGCUCUACCCGAUGAUCCGCUUGCUUGACGACAAGCUUCCGCGUCUGCGCAUCGAGGCUUGCAUUGCGUACCUCCGAGAUACGACGAAGAAGCGGGCCGUGGCCACUUCGAUGCCAAGUACCAAGCGUGCCAAGCACCAUGCGAGUCAGCGCUAAGGCCGACGAGCGGCCCGACAAUGGGUAAGGUUUGAUUUGCAUUCAAUAACCAUUUGAAAGCCCAUGUUUUUCUCCCACAA